AUGUCAAGACUGUGUGUCGUGUCGUCGCCAUCAUCGUCGUACGAUGCGUGUUGUAAAACAGGCCGGAAACCGUCGCUGUCGACGACGACAGUUGCUCGGGCGGUCGGCACAACUGGAGAAACCGAAACCCGGCCACUCACGCUGCCUCCUCGGUCGGUGAACAUCUGCUUCCUCAUCCACCGGUUUGCCGAGGUCCUGCGCGCCGCUCCACUGCCGCCAUCGUCCUUGAAACCGAUCAACAAAAAACCGACCGCCGUCCGUCAACCAGUCAUGCAACACCGCAAAAACUCACUGCCUCCGUUGGAGCUUCUCCCUCAUCACAGACAUAGUGUUUUCGUCGUCGCCGGGCUGUACCUCCAAACCGGUGUCCCGGUCGCAGCUGCGUUCUGCCGUGAUUUGGACAAGGUUGUCACUACGGUUCGAAACAAGCGCGACAUCAUUUAUCGUCUGUGGGUGGCGGUGGCGACGACAGCGACGUUGACAGUACGUGAUGACAUAUGCAUCUGA